GAGCCUCCUGCUCUCUGGCCGCCCGCUGGCACUGCGGCAGCACCAGUCGCCUUCCCCGGGUCGUCUGCGCACAGCUGGAAAGAGAGAUGUUCACGGUGCUGACCCGCCAACCUUGUGAGCAAGCAGGCCUCAAGGCCCUCUCCCGAACGCCAGCCAUCAUCACGCUGGUGGUCUUGCUUUUGAGCGUUGUGGUGCUUGUGGCUGUCACACUCAUCCAGAUCCACCAGAAAGAGAUUCUCUAUCCAGGACUGAAGUAUGGAAUCGUGCUCGAUGCCGGGUCUUCCAGAACCACAGUCUACGUCUAUCAAUGGCCAGCAGAGAAGGAGAAUAAUACUGGAGUGGUCAGUCAAACCUUCAGAUGUAGCGUGAAAGGCUCUGGGAUCUCCAGUUAUGGGGAAAACCCCCAAGAUGCCCCCAAAGCCUUUGAGGAUUGCAUGCAAAAAGUCAAGGGGCACAUUCCAGCCCACCUCCACGGAUCCACCUGCAUUUACCUGGGGGCCACAGCUGGGAUGCGCUUGCUGAGGUUGCAAAAUGAAACAGCAGCUAAUGAAGUCCUUGCAAGCAUCCAAAACUACUUCGAGUCUCAGCCCUUUGAUUUUAGGGAUGCUCAAAUCAUUUCUGGGCAAGAGGAAGGGAUAUAUGGAUGGAUUACAGCCAACUAUUUAAUGGGAAAUUUCCUGGAGAAGAGCCUGUGGCAUAUGUGGGUGCAUCCGAACGGAAAGGAGACCACAGGUGCCUUGGAUUUAGGCGGUGCCUCCACCCAAAUAUCCUUCGCGGUGGAAGAGAAGGUGGGGCUGAAUACCAGCGACAUGAUGAAGGUGUACCUAUAUGGCUAUGAGUACACGCUCUACACACAUAGCUUCCAGUGCUACGGCCGGAAUGAGGCUGAGAAGAGGUUUCUGGCGAUCCUCGUUCAGAAUUAUACCACCAAAACCACGUUCACCAACCCCUGUUACCCUCGGAAUUACAACACUACCUUCACUGAGGCACAUGUGUUUGGCAGCCUGUGUACAGAGGACCUGAGACCUGAAAGUUAUGAUUCCAACAACAUCAUCACUUUUGAAGGGACCGGGGACCCAUCACUGUGUAGGGAAAAGGUGGCUUCCCUAUUUAACUUCAGUGCUUGCCAUGACCAAGAAGCCUGUUCCUUCAAUGGGGUGUAUCAACCAAAAGUUAAAGGGUCAUUUGUGGCUUUUGCAGGAUUCUACUACACAGCCAGUGCUUUCAACCUUUCAGGUAGCUUUUCCCUGCACACCUUCAACUCAAGCACCUGGAAUUUCUGCUCACAGAAUUGGAGAAAGCUCCCACUGCUGCUCCCCCGGUUUGAUGAGGAGUACGCUCGCUCCUACUGCUUCUCAGCCCACUAUAUCUACCACUUGUUUGUAAACGGAUACAAAUUCACGGAGGAGAACUGGCCCCAAAUACAUUUUAAAAAAGAGGUGGGGAACAGCAGCAUAGCCUGGUCUCUCGGUUACAUGCUCAGCCUGACCAACCAGAUCCCAGCCGAAAGCUCCCUGAUCCGCCUGCCCAUCAAGCCAUCUGCCUUUAUGGGCACGCUCGCCUUCUUGGCAGCAGUGGCCUUGCUGUGUCUGACAUAUCUUAUGUACCUGUGUGUGUUGUCCAGGAAUCAGAGGCGCUCCCAGCAUGCCUUGGACAACACAGUGGAUUCUGAGUGAGCCUCACAGAGUGGCUGCUGGAGCCCGAGGGCUGCCCACAACCAGCCUGGGGGGGGCACCAGACAAUUCAAGCAAAAUGUCCAUCUUCAGGAAACACAGCUUAAGUCCAAUGCCUUGUGUGCCUCUCAGAUACUGAUUUAUGCCAAAGUACCUCUUGGGGAGUCCCUCAACCGUUCUGUGCACAUUGCUCCGCCGGAGACCCCACCACCCACUAGCUGACCUAUAGCAGAAGAGAGGAGAGACAGGCCAUCAAGGUCAGGCUCUUUAUUCCAAGUGCCCCAGAGGAAGAGUAAGUUGAGAAUAUGACCGUUUAAUGUUGAAGAAUUGACCUCAGGGCUCAGUCUGCAUUUUCCCAGCUUCAAAAAUGCCAUAAUCUUCCCAGCGGGUUUGGAAGCUGGCAGGUGUCUUGUAAGCAUCUGGCCCAGUCAGAUAUCUCAUUUAAUGGCUUUCUCUCACUGGUCUUCAACUAAGACUUUCCUUAACAACCCCAUAAACGUUGAGCUCCCUCAGACUGGUAGAAUAUUGUAUCUGGGGGAGAAGCCUCCUUUACCCCAAGGACAGUGGCCGCAGCCAAGCUUCUGUCAUGAAGGCAGAACCUGAAGGACAGAAUGUCUACCACGGCCGUUCCUGAAGUGGGAAACUACAGGCCGUUCCUGAAGUGGGAUUCCCUUUCAGGGCUCUGGUUGUUAGAUCGCCACCUGUGUGUAUCAUCCUCCUUGCCUCCCAUUCCCAUUGCUGUGUCCCCCUGUAAAACGUUUCCUCCUAGCAAGUCUAUCAUGUUCCUGAACAGUUUCCCUUUGCUAGGCUUUUGCUUAGGGUUGUCUUUCCAUCGUUAGCACAAUGUGCAUAGUUUACCCACCAUUUCCACGGGUACACCUGAUACUGUCACAAGACAUCCUCUUCUAUGAUUUGCUUACCAAUUAUCAAUACUUUCCUAGAUGGUAGGCCUCUGCAUAGUAGCCAUAGUUCUUGACUUUGCGAAAAGAAAAGGAAGUUAAAUGCAGGGACAUUUAACUCCAAAGUGGGAUGGGAAAGAACUCUUGCAAGUCCAAUGGCUACAAAUUAAAAAUCAACAUUCUUUCAGAUUGUAGUUUGUUUGCUGAAUACAGAAUAAAGGACUCUUAUUUUA